AUGAUCCAGUUAGGGCUUCUCGUUCUCUUUUUUGUCGCAGGAUCUAUCGCUUUUACUGCUGUUGAUGCAUUCUUAUCCUCACGUCGCCAUGCCAGGCAAGCCAAGGAAAGCGGCUGUCAGGCUCCUCCCAGAUUCCGGCACAAAUGGCCAUGGGGAAUGGACAAUGUCCUAAGAUUGAUACAGGCCGACAAAGAACAUAGAGUUCCCCAAGAGGUGAUGAAAACGUAUCACGAGGCGGGGCACGCUACGUUUAUCUUGACGAUGCCAGGCAGGACCAACAUCGUUACGCAUGAUCCCAAGAACAUUCAAGCGGUCCUGGCCACACAGUUCGACGACUUUGAACUCGGGCCCCAGAGGCGGAACAACUUCUACCCCAUGCUUGGAGUAGGGAUAUUCACUGCAGAUGCACAACGGGUCGUUGCUUACGGAUUUAUCCUGCAAUCUAGGGAACACUCUCGCGCCGCCUUAAGGCCCCAAUUCGUCCGUGAGCAGAUAUCGGACUUGGAACUCGAAGAAAGACACAUUCAAACCCUUUUCCAACAUCUGCCAGUAGAUUCGUCAGGGUGGACUGCUGCCACAGAUCUUGGGCCUAUCUUCUUCCGGCUUACCCUCGACACCGCCACCGAAUUCCUCUUUGGCGAGAGUGUCCACGCUCAAAGCGCCGCACUACCCCCAAAUGCUUCAGCGCUACCGACGGCUUUCAAUCACCAUGACAUAGGAGCAGAUUUCGACCACGGCACAUCUGUCUUAGGUAUCCGAAGUCGGUUGGCGGGAUUAUACUGGCUCUAUAAUCCACCUUCCUUCCGCAACGCGAUCCGUGCGGUACACCGUUUCGCAGACGACUGCAUCGAGCGAGCCGCCCAGGACCCCUACUCCGAUAAAACAAAUGACCGUUAUGUCUUCCUCAAGGAGCUCCUAAAGCUCACGGACGACAAAAUCGAAAUCCGAACUCAAUUAUUGAAUAUUUUCCUCGCAGGGCGAGACACCACAGCGGGACUCUUAGGCUGGACCUUCUGGGAACUCGCUCGCCAUCCUGAGGUCUUCCGCAAACUCCGAGCCACGAUUCUCGAAAACUUCGGCCCUUAUGGCUCCAAUAAAAAAUUCACCUUCGCCACACUCAAGUCCUGCACCUAUCUCCAGUAUGUCAUGAACGAAACGCUCCGUCUCUAUCCCUCCGUCCCGCUCAACUUCCGACAAGCUACUCGGGACACGACCUUGCCUCGCGGCGGCGGACCCGACGGCAUGAGCCCCGUCUAUGUCCAACGGGGCCAAGAGGUGAAUUACUCCGUGUACGUCAUGCAUCGACGCCGUGACAUCUGGGGCCCGGACGCCGACGAGUUCGUGCCGGAACGCUGGUCUAGUCGUAGAUUCGGCUGGGAAUAUUUGCCCUUCAAUGGCGGCCCACGCGUGUGUCUCGGCCAGCAAUUUGCCCUCACCGAAGCUGGCUAUGUCAUCUGUCGGAUCCUACAGAGGUUCGAUGCCGUCGAGAAAAGCGUCGCUUCGGACGAGGAAUUGCAUCAGUAUAGUCUGACAACAGCUCCCUUGACCGUCAUGGUCAAGCUCCAUCAAGCCGCCGAAGCAGACAGAUAA